AUGAAGGCGUCAGGGGAUCAGGCCCUCCAUUGCACCAAUUCUACGUAUGGCGACCCGAGACAGCCACCCGACCAGCACGAUACGGAAAUUAGUGCCAGGAGGGAGGAGAGACCAAGGUCGAGCAGUACCCCCUCUGCCGAGGUACCUACAUUCUCUGGAGAGACAUCCAUCACCCACAACUUGACUGUGGUCGAAGGGAGAUUGGAGCAGAUGGGGGUGCAAUACGCAGGAUUCAGAUCUACGUCCCCCAGCAGCCAAUAUAGAUCCCGCCUUACGCCGUCCCCAGAAUCACCCCACCGAUAUAAAAUGGACAGAGAGAUGAGCUUUACGCAAAGAGUUCUCGCUGCCCACGGAAUUCUCCCAAAUCGUGUUCAAUGGGAGGGGCUCAUGCACACCUUCUGCGACGAAGUGCACGUGCUUGUUCCAUUUCUCCAUAUUCCAUCCCUGUGGAUGGCAUUUGAGGAGUCAUGGGACACUUUACUUAACCAGAAGUCGAGAAAUCACGGCCCAGAUGUAUCCCAGCGGUUCCAAGCAGCCCAUGUCUUGCUCUGCCUCGCAAAUGGGAGAUGUGUGGAAUCGUCUCGUUUUGAAGGGGACGAAGGGCCAUAUUCAGCAGGUUGGAGCUUGUAUGGUGCUGCAAGGGAUAUGUUUGGAGAUCUGCUUGACGGCUUUCGGCAGUGUCCAGAUCAGAUAUUCCUUCUCCAAACCGUUCUUCUGAUGGUUGUGUAUCUUUUUCGCCUUGAUGCCCAUGGCUCUGCCGAGAAGGUUCUUGCCCUGACAAUAUCGCAUGCGCACCAUCUUGGUCUUCAGAGAGAGAAAGUGGUUGCAGCCAUGAAUCCAUUCGAGGGAGAGAUGGCUCGCCGGCUUUGGUGGUGCAUAUAUCUCCUGGACCGACGACUUGCUAUAGAGACCGGUCGUCCGUUUCUUAUCCAAGAUGUUAAUGUCGAUGUCCAACUUCCCCACGACGUGAGUGACAGGACACUUACAGCAUAUCGCCGUGUACCACACUCCUCCAAAAUUGGAGAGAAAAUAAAAAAUGGACCCACUGUGGUUCCAUAUUUGAUCGCGAUGACAAGCUACUCCCGUGUGAUCGGGAAGGUGUGGGAAGCUCUUUAUGGCGCGGCCACAUCUGAUACCUCCCCAUCUACGCUACUUAACGAGUAUCUGGAGCAUUUGAUUACACAGUCUCAGAAAGGAAUUCACCGAGAAUUUACUUAUGACCCUCUCAACCCGGGAGAUUGCGGCUCUGAAGGUCUGGCCUGGUGGCAGGUGAAGCAGCAAUUCAUGAUGCGAAUUAGAUGGUCCUCAAUCUAUCUACUCAUAAGAAAGCCUAUGCUUCAACGCGCAAGUCUUUCCGAUCAACCGGAUAUCAUUGAAAAUGAAGUCAUAUGCAUGCGUCUGGCCCAACAGAUCAUCGACGAUUUCAGCAACGUUCCCGAGGAACAUCCAAAGUACACCUUUCCAUUCCUGCAUUAUUUGACCAGUGCGACGAUUAUUGCAUUGGGUCUUAUAAUCAAGCAACCUUCUUUCAGAGCAAACUACGACAAGAGGACACUAGCGGCAGCAAGAUCCCUCCGCAACCACUGCCGUAAAACAUGGAUGUCCGGGGAAAUGGUCCGCGCCGUUUGGAAGCUUAAUCAGAUGGCAGAUGCCAUCUUGGUCCGUGGUGAACAAUCGCCGGAGCGUCAUGGGCGUGUCUCCAAUGCAAUCCCCGAAUCACACCUUCUAUCCCACAAUCGUCGAAAUAUCAGGGAACACCGAGAUAUGAGAGCCCAAGACUCGCUUUUUACAGCCAACCCAUCGAGAGAAUCACAAGAUACGGGGUAUCGCAUCUACGCCCAGGUGACACAAAUGGUCCGCAUGCACAAUCUAAUGCAAGAGAACUGGGACUGA